GCGGGUCCUUUCCCACCGCCGAGAUCAUUCCAGCGGGGGUAAAACUUCGUAACAUUGUAAAUUGUUUUGGAAAUAACUUAAUAAAGUUAGUUUACUGAAAGUUGUAGUGUAAUGCUUUGUUUGUGUGGGAUGGGGGAAAGGAAAAACGACUCUCGCUAGAAAUCGCGGAUUCCUGAGAUGCUCCCAAGUGUGCCGGACCCGUAGGCAGGGCCAGUACCUCCUCCCUGGCUCGUCCCUAUGUCUCCAAAAGCCCCAGUACAGGGGAGGGUCGAGGAUACCGCGGUGCAGGUGGCCGUGCGAGUGCGCCCCCUACUGCCCAAAGAACUGCUUCACAGCCACGAGAGCUGCAUCACAGCCGACCCGGAGCAGAAGAGGGUCACGCUUGGCCAUGACCGCAACUUCCACUGUGACUUUGUCUUUGAGGAGAGCAGCACCCAGGAGGAUGUAUACUCAGAAUGCAUACAGCCGCUCAUCGAAGCCUUCUUCCAGGGUUUCAAUGCCACCGUCUUCGCUUAUGGGCAGACUGGUUCUGGGAAGACCUACACCAUUGGAGAAGCGAAUAUCUCCUCCCGCGGUGAUGAGGAACAGGGCAUCAUACCGCGAGCCCUGGCUGAGAUCUUCAAACUGCUGGACGAGAACGACCUUACUGACUUCUCUGUCAGGGUCUCCUACCUCGAGAUCUACAAGGAGGACUUCAGGGAUCUGCUGGAGGUGGAGACGGCCAGCAAGGACAUCCACAUCCGGGAAGACGACAAGGGGAAUGUCGUCCUGUGUGGGGUGAAGGAAUGUGAGGUGGAUGGCCUGGAUGAGGUCCUCAGCCUCCUGGAGACGGGCAACACCGCCCGGCACACGGGAGCCACACAGGUGAACUCUCACUCCAGCCGUUCACACACCAUCUUCACCGUGCUCAUGGAGCAGCGGCGCAGUGGUUCCAGGACCUCGGGGGCCCCAAGCCACGUGGUGGCCUCCAAGUUCCACUUCGUGGACCUGGCGGGCUCCGAGCGCAUCCUGAAGACGGGCAACAGCGGCGAGAGGUUGAAGGAGAGCAUCCAGAUCAACAGCGGGCUGCUGGCUCUGGGCAACGUGAUCGGGGCGCUCGGAGACCCAAAGAGAAGAGGCUCACACAUCCCCUACAGGGACUCCAAGAUCACCAGGAUCUUGAAAGACUCUCUGGGAGGAAACGCCAAGACGCUGAUGGUGGCCUGCAUCAGCCCCUCGUCCUCCGACUUCGACGAGAGCCUCAGCACCCUGAACUACGCCAAGCGGGCCCAGAACAUCCACAACCGGGCUGUGGUGAAUUGCCGGGGCGAGCCGGACCGCACCGAGGCCUUGGAGCUGCAGGUAAGGGCCCUGCGGCGGGCCCUGGAGAACCGGCAACGGUCUGAGACUCGCAUCAUCUCCCGGCCGGAACCCGACAGGAAACUCGUGCCCCCGGGGGGCGAGCUGGCCAAGCUGAGGGCUGAGAGCGCCCACUACAGGACGUGCACGGAUACAGCCUACAGGCUGCUGAUGGAGCUGCAGGGGGAGGGCACGCUGAACGCUGGGCAGGUGCUGCGGGUGAGGGAGUGGCUGGGAACUGUGGAGGCGGAGCGCAGCGAGCUAAGCUCCGCCUCCGGCCUGGACAGCGGGAUCGAGAGCACCUCCACUGAAGACUCCACGGCACCAGGAAAGGGGAGGGGAGCAGUCCGAAUCCAGGGCUCCGAGAACGCCGCGGAGGACUGGGAUAGGGGACAGGAGGAUGGUGUGGCCCAGCUCCAGGCGCGAGUCCAGCAGCUGGAGAGGGAGAAUACUGACUUCCUGGCUGCCCUGGAGGAUGCCAUGGAGCAGUACAAGCAGCAGAGCGACAGGCUCCAGGAGCAGCAGGAUGUCAUCGCUGAGCUCCAGGGCUUCAUCGUCCAGCCGGGCCAGGUGGAGUUGGUGCUCCUGAAAAAUCGACCUCACACGGCGCCCAUGAACUCCACGCGGCGUCACCCCGUCAGCCUGGCGACCCUGACUCGCCUCUCCGACGGAGAUGCCGGGAGGAACUUGGUGGGCAAGGGUGAACCGGCAUGCUGCGUGGAGCGGGGUCUCUGUGGGCCCCAGGAGGAGUGCGCCUCCAUCAGACCAAGAAGCAAAACGGAGGAGGACCCUGAAGGCAGUGAGGAGUCCCACCUCCGAUCAGGCCGCGACCGACGCAGGCAGAUCUUCACCUGGACGAUGAGAGAGGGGCGGGCAGAUGCUUCGGCAGGAAGGAUGAGGGACUGCCUGUCUCUGCUGCCCGACUCUGACAGCUCUCUGUCCUGCCACCAGCGUCCAUCCAACUGCAGCAAAGCAGCGCGAGACUCCUUUGGAGGAGGGACAGGCUCUGAGUGUAGCCUCUUCCAGGCCCAGCAGAAGAUCCGGGAACUGUCUAUCAACAUCCGCAUGAAAGAGGAGCUCAUCAAAGAGCUGGUCAAGACAGGGAAGGAGGCGCAGGCCGUCAACAGGCAGUACAGCCGUAAGAUUUCGGAGCUGGAGGGGGAGGCGGAGCAGGCGCGGGUCGAACUAACGGAGGCGCAGCGCCAGCUGCACGACCUGGAGGUACAGGAAGCGCCGAACCCCGAUGACAGGUCCAGGGCGCAGGAGUGCCGCAGGAAGAUCGCGGCAGCACAGAGCAAAGUGCAGGUCCUUAAGCAGAAGCAGAGGGACACGGCCAAGUUGGCAUCCCUGUCGGCGCAGACAGAGCGGCGGGUGCAAGACCUGGAGAAGAACGUUCAGAGCAUGCGCAGACAGCAGGAGGGGCUACAGCGACGCCUCCGCCAGGAGAGCCAGCAGAAGCGCCGCCUGGAGAACGAAAUGCAGAAGGAAAAGCACCGCGUCAGGGAGCUGGAGGAGAUAAAUGAGCACCAGCAGAAGGUCCUGAGGAUCAAGACGGAGGAGAUCGCUGCCUUCCAGCGGAAGAAGCGCAGCGGCAGCAAUGGCUCCGUGGUCUCACUGGAGGAACAGCAGAAGAUAGAAGAGCAGAAGCGAUGGCUGGACGAGGAGAUGGAGAAGGUGCUGGAGCAGCGACGGGACCUGGAGGAGCUGGAGGGCGAGCUGACCAAAAGGGAGGAGAUUCUGGCUAAGAAGGAGGCUCUGCUGCAGGAGAAGAGUGGACUGGAGACGAAGAGGCUGCGCUCCAGCCAGGCCUUAAGCAAGGACCUAGCCGUCUUGUCGGGCCGCAUCGAGACCCUGGAGCGGGAGCUGAGUGAGAGGAACGGUCAGCUGCACUCCAGCAGUGCCCAGGACUCGCAGCAGCUCCGGCAGGAGAUCUCCAGCCUACGCCUGGAGAAGGACCAGCUCCUGAAGCAGCGGGUGGAGCUGGACGACAAGCUCCGGCAGGGCAGCCUCCUGUCCCCCGAGGAGGAGCGCACGCUCUUCCAGCUGGAUGAAGCCAUCGAAGCCUUGGACGCAGCCAUCGAGUACAAGAACGAGGCCAUCACUCAGAGGCAACGGCAGCUUCGGGCGUCCGCCAGCAUGCUGUCCCAGUGGGAGAUGAACCUCAUGGCCAAGCUGAGCUAUCUCUCAGCCUCCGAGACGCGCGCCCUGCUCUGCAAAUACUUUGACAAGGUGGUGUGCCUGCGCGAGGAGGAGCGCCGGCUGCAGGUGGCGCUGGCGGAGCUCGAAAUGCGGGCGGAGGAGCAGCAGCAGCUCGUCCUGUGGCUGGAGGCGGCACUGGAGAGGCAGCAGCUGGACACAGACCGGCGUCUGACGCAGCAGCAGCGAGAGCAUGAACGGAGCGUCCAGCUCCUCCUGCAGCAGUGCCGAGAACAAAUGGAUGAGAGUUCGGCGAGCCGCCUGCGGCAGUACGAAAGCUGGAUCCACAACCUGAGGAAAGAGCUCAGUCACUACCAGAGGGCCAACCUGAGCUCAAAGCUUUGGGAGCAGGGAGGGCAAGGCAGCCAGCCCAUGGAGCAGGGAAGACCUGCGGUGUGCGAGGAAGGGCCAGAGGAUCAGGUGCCGCGAAGCAGGGAAGAGACACGAGAGCUGGUGCAUGCCCCACUGCCGCCCACCUGGAGGCGCUCUUCACUGCCAACAGAGGACCAGCGCGGCAUGGAGGAGCUGCAGCAGCGGGCGGCACACAAGGCCAUGCCCCCUGUCCUGCCGCUGGCCAAGGCACGGAGGGAGCUGCGGAGACUGAGCCUGAACACCGGGCCUGUCCACGUCAACCCCAGCAUGAUCGACGUCAGGAAAAACCUGUUUUAGGCCGUGUUCAGUGUCACAUAUACAAUGACAGUGUUCAGUCAUUUUAUAUACUUCACACACCUACUGCACUUUUUCAGAAAUAGUGGUUUUUGUAUGUAUUAUAUUUUUAAAUAUAAAUAAAUCCAAAAUAUUACCUGGG